AUGGUCAAAGUCAACAAAGAAGCUUAUAUACCAUUGCUGCCCUACGAUCUGGGAUACGAAGAGACCGUUUUACAAUUAAUCAAAUCAUUGGAUUGCCUCAAUAAAGUCGUUGAAUGCGUUUACGAACACGUCCGAGAUAAUAUAAACUUACAGAAAUUGGAAGUAGUUAAACUGUGCGACAGACUAAAUAGCGUCACCAACAAAGUACACCGUUUGUCAAACAUCAAGAAAUCUAUUCAAGUGUACUCGAGUUCGAAAUACCCCGCUGCCCAUUGUCAAAAAGAUUAUGAAUAUUAUUACGAUUUCGACGUUAAAUCCGAUAUUAUUGAAAAUAUACCGGUCACCCAUAAAAUAUCUGUGUUCAAAGACCCGUCUGCCAAACUUAAAUUUUACAGGGUGAACAAUGAAAAUAUAAAACUUUUGAAAAAUAAAGACAUCUAUUCGACUAGGGGAUUAGGUGAUUUGCCCGACAAUGUGAAAUACGUCAACUCACUACUUUUGUUUAAUUCUAAUGUUAAUUUGUAUAAGAAUUAUGUUUUGUCAAACCCGUACAAAGUAAAUAACACCAUUGCACCAUCAGAUACUGAAAAAGACCAACAUGUUGAAAACAUUCACAAACCAGUGUUUACGUUACCUUUGAACGAAGUCGAUAGUCAGUUCAACUAUUCUUAUACUCCGGUGGACGAAGAAGUACCUUCUAUUGAUGUGCCAGCUGAUUUACCCGACCUCCCUGGUAUCGCAGGCGAUGUACAAUAUUUCGAAGAAGAGAAAAUCAUUGCUGAGCCUGUUGUUAUUUCUAAACCAUCCAAUGUAGUGGUGGGCCUUCCCAGUUUUGACGAAUUGGAUGACCUAAAAGAUGACCAAAUGAUUGCUGAUGAUUCGGCGAUAAUUACUGUUGAAAAAGAGAUCACUAAACUUGGACAUGAACAAUUGUUAACUGCUAUUGCACCAUCUACACAAAAUAAAAUUGAUGAUAAUAUUGAAGAUCACAUUGAUAGAGAAGUUGCUAUUAAAAGUGAAAAAAACAUACAUAAAACUACGUUUAACGAUAAUAUUAAUACACAUAGUGUGUUAAUGGAUGAGAUACGGAAUGCUGGAGGGUUGCAAAAAGCCAAUUUACGCUCAGUUAUUGAUAGGAAAACAUGUGAUGAAAUGUUACCAACAGGCGAUGGCUUGAUGGCUGAUUUACAUAAAAAAUUGGCUAUGCGAAGGCAAGGCAUUUCUGGUAACAAUAAGCAAAACGAUAAUGGCAUAGAGGGAGUCAUUUACCGUAUGGCUUCAACUAUGUUACCUCCUAAUCCAGAAUCUGAAAGUGAGGCAGAUGGAGAUGAUGACACCGAAGGUGAUUGGGACGACUGA